AUGGACACCACAUCAGAUCAAUCAAUAUCCACAAUAGAUAUGCCGAAGGCUCCGCCAACGACAGAUGCCGCGGCAAAGCGACGACUCCAGAACCGCCUCAACCAGCGGGCCAGCCGGGAGAGAAGAGCUCUCAAGGCCGGAAAGCACAGUAACAAACAAAAACGAUGGAUAAUCUAUACCGAAGAAGCCAAAGCUCAUGCAGAAGCAGAACUGGUCAAAACCGACCAUAUGAUUAUAUCUUCAAUACCACCAAAAAAGCCCACACAUAAAUCGUGUCAAUCAAAUCCACAGACCAGCGCCACUAUUGCAGACUGGAAUGCCCGAAAAAACUACCUUAUUGCACAACUAGAACAAAGGGUCGCUUCUGCAGCAGCCAACCAGCUGCACCAACUUACCCUUCUCGCCCCAGUCACCAACCUGAAUAUCGUGAACGCCAUGUUGAUCAAUGCAACAUUUAUGGGUCUAACGCUAGAAAUACUGGGUGAAGAUAUUGUCUCCACAUUCAACAUCCCCGGACCAAUGACCAUGCAGCUCCCACCAAGUUUACAGCCAACGUCUACCCAAAUAGAAAUUCUUCAUCAUCCCUGGAUAGAUCUUAUGCCCAUGAAAUCUUUCCGAGACGUAUUGUUGAAGAAUUUGGAUAGAUAUGACGAAGAUGAUUUCUGUGGUGAUCUUCACGGCCAGAUUGGAGCUUCAAAUGGGAUUGGGCUGAUUUCCUGGGGUGAGCCGUGGGAUCCGACUGCUUAUGAGAUUUCGGAGGGUGUUUUUAGGAAGUGGGCUUGGUUGUUGAAGGAGUGUCCGGAGAUUAUAAAGACUACGAAUCAUUGGAGGAGGAUUCGGGGCGAGAAGCCGUUACAUAUUGGACAACCGGUCGGAUUUGUGCAUUCUGAGGAAGUUCAGGAAUGA